AUGGAAUUUGAGACGGAAAUGAGAGACGCAGAACUCUCUGAUGCGGACGACUCUCUGGCGUCAACUGUCGAAAGCGAGCCACAAGACGAGUAUGAGGUGGAGACGAUUCUCUUCGAGGAUGAAGACAGCGGGCUUUACCUUAUCAAAUGGGCCGGAUAUCCUGAACAUCGAGCAACAUGGGAGGGUCCCGAGAGCUUCAAACAUGUUGUUGAGGUUAUGAACGACUGGAAGCAGGCAAAGCGAGAAAUCAGACAGGGUCUGCGAGAUCCAUUUGAUAUUGACAAAUGGACAAAAGAGCAGGAGAGGCUCCAGAGAAACAAAGAGCGUCGAAAGAGAAAUCGCAGGAUCAAAAGAGCUAUAAGGGCCAAAAAGAGGCUCGAAAGUCUCAAAAGAUCCGAUCGCGGUCGACCAAAACUUUUCUCUGCCGAUUCUGACAAAGAGCCUUCUGAUCCUGGAGACGGUGAGAACACUAGGGGGGUAGAUUUACCGAGAGUUCUCGAUCGGCCCUAUACUCAUCGUGGACGUCUAAGACUGUUUUCCGACGAUGACGAUGAUUCCGGCGAAGACGAAGUGCCUUUUCUGCCCAGGGGUGAUGCCAAUGCGCAAGAGGUCCAUGCAGCUAUGGAUCGGAUUCCUGAGCAAGUCUCAAGGACCGAGAGGAACGAAAGAGGCGUCAGCCUUGAUCUCACCGUGGAGGCAGACGCUAACGCCGUAGUUCAGAACCCCGCGUCAAAGAGGCCCGCCUCAGUCCUUUCAGUUUCCUCAAGUGACUCUUUGUUUGUGUCCCAGGAUGAAGCUCCAGCCGUCACCGCAUCAACUAAGACGAGCCGAACCUCCCAAUAUGAGAUUGAAAGUCAUGCAAUUGAGCUUGAUCGAGAGGCUGAGCGCCAGCUAAGCCGGAGUUCUCCUCGUCGAACUCGAUCCCGAAGUGGUCAACGACCAGACAGCAACCAGCACGAGAAUGCCCCAGUUAUAGAGGCAUUGAAGCCACAAGAGCAAAAUCGGCAAAGGCAGAGUUCAUAUGACCCAGAGAGUUCUCUUCAGCCGGCAGCUCAACCGGAACAACGAAUGCAUCAAGAGAGACCUAAACAACAACCGCCGCUGACACACUCACAGCAAUCGGCGACGGCGCCUCCUCGACCCAUUUCCUCGUCCUCUAAACAGAGACCUGCUCCUUCUACCUUUGGGACUGCGCCUAAGCCAGCCCGAAUAGCCCGCCCUCGUAUUCUAAGGAAUUCCUGGGCGCCAGACGUCAAUGAUGUGGAGCUCUUGAGACCAUCAGACUUCUCUGCAAGAGGUGCAGGCGCGGAUGCCGCCGCAUUGACAAUGAUACGGUCAUCAGCUAAAUCUCAGCCCUCCGCCAACCUGAGAAACAAGGCGGAAGAACCCAUGCCCAAAGCUUUAAGUACUCCAGCGAAUUCCACACGGAUCCCCACUGGACACCGUUCGUUUGACCCGAGGGUUCUCGAAGCAGAAAGAUCGAGUAGGCCCUCAAGAGCCACCCGGCUCGACGAUGCCCGGGUUUCACGUUCUAGGCACGACAGCUGGCGCCCAGAUCGUGAUGGUCCCCCCAAGGCGAGUUACUGA